AUGUCAGCAACAAAUACUUUAGAUGAUAGUGGAUUUCAACAACAACUCAAUGAAAGUUCACACGAAAUAUUUGAAAAACGAGGAGCAGCAAAUCAUUUGCGUGCUCAGUUUGUCAAAGAUAUCUCAAAAAUCGUUAUUAACUCAAAUAAUCCGAAUUUAAUAUCAAUUCAACCACAUGUUAAACCUAUGGAUUCUGCAGCUUGGGGCCGCUGCUUAUGCUUCGUUGUUGCAUACUUAAGAAGAUAUAAAAUGGAACAAUCUCUUCAAGCAAUGAAGCACGAAUGCCAAAUAUUACCUAAAAAUACUGGAUUUCAUAGGGCAUCAGAUCUUGAAAUAUUCUUUAGCACUAUUAAGAAAACAGCAAUUGUUGUUGCAGAUCAGUCUUUUGAUGAACGCGUUAUCGAAUUCAAGGAAAAAAUGGAUUCUGAAAAACUACUAAAGCGUCCUCCGAAACGAAUCAAAAGAAAAGCUCAGGAAGAAGAAUAA